AGCAUCAGUCAUAAAGUCUUAUGUAAUCUUAUAAAAAAGAGAAUACCCCUAGGCCUUUUACUACCGCUUUUUAUUCAUUCUUGAACCAAAAAAAUACAACUAUUGAAUACAACAGUCAUGUUCAUAACUAAUCUGACUCACUCAUAUCAUUCAUCGAUCUAACUAAAGAUAGGGAUGGGUAGAGGUGAAACGUCAAGUUGACAGAUCCAUUGAAGUGAGCAAAUGCAAGUUUCGUGAAAGAAAGAAAUUAAAAAUGGUGACUCGCGUGCAGCAGGAGGUCGUCUGCAGCUGAUCGGCGUCUAUCCCGUUAUGAGCGUCGACCUUUGAACUAAAAACUUAUCUCAACCGCAGUGGAAAGCAGCUAAAUCGAUAACGUUUACAAAACAUUGUGUGAAACGAGUGCGUCGUCGUUAGUGACGUAAUAAGAAAUCUCGGUAAACAGUGUGCGUGUCGCAAGAAGGUCACGACGUUUCCUUCCCUCCGUCUGAUGGUGAUUAGUGUUGUUGAGCUCUGACACCGCCAGGAUGUGGGAGGCGGACUCGGACGGGCGCAGCGCGUCGUCGGACGGGCUGCGGCGGCGGCAGGCAUGGGACCCGGACGUGGCCAGCCUGGCCAGCCAGCUCGACGAGCUGGACGAGGUGUUGGCCGAGGAGGAGGACGGCUGCGCACUGCCCUCCACGCCCGAGGACCAGCAGCUCCUCGACGCUGAGAUGGCGGAGGUGCUGAAAGCGGGAGUGCUGUCCGACGAGAUCGACCUGGGCGCGCUGGGGCACAACGCGGCGGAGCAGGCCGAGGAGUUCGUGCGCAAGGUGUGGGAGGCGUCGUGGAACGUGUGCCACUUCCGCCACCUGCCGCGCUGGCUGCAGGACAACGACUACCUGCACAAGGGCCACCGGCCCCCGCUGCCGUCGUUCAGCGCGUGCUUCGCCUCCAUCUUCCGCAUCCACACCGAAACCGGCAACAUCUGGACUCAUCUGCUUGGCUGUGUUGCGUUCAUCGGAGUAGCUGUCUUCUUCCUGACGCGGCCAUCUAUUGAGAUACAGACACAGGAGAAACUCAUCUUUGGUGUGUUCUUCAUGGGUGCUAUCGUCUGCCUCGGCUUCUCGUUUGCCUACCACACCCUGUACUGCCACUCUGAAAUGGUGGGGAAGCUCUUCUCGAAGCUGGAUUACUGUGGAAUAGCUCUGCUGAUUAUGGGUUCCUUUGUUCCAUGGCUGUACUAUAGUUUCUACUGUCAUUACAGGCCGAAAAUUAUUUAUUUAUCUGUAGUGAUUGUCUUAGGAAUCUUGUCCAUCAUAGUAUCCCUGUGGGACCGUUUCUCUGAGCCACGCUUGAGACCUCUGCGUGCGGGGGUGUUCAUGGGCUUCGGUCUAUCAGGGAUAGUACCUGCAAUCCACUAUGGCAUCACAGAGGGCUGGUUCAGCCAGGUUAGCAAGGCCUCCCUGGGCUGGCUAGUGCUGAUGGGUCUACUGUACAUCCUGGGGGCCAUGUUCUACGCCCUGCGUGUGCCGGAGCGCUGGUUCCCAGGCAAGUGUGACAUCUGGUUCCAGUCGCACCAGAUCUUCCAUGUGCUUGUGAUCAUGGCCGCCUUCGUGCACUACCACGGCAUCAGUGAACUGGCAUCAUACCGUGUUACUGUUGGUGAAUGUUCUAUGCCCCCAUCCAAUAUCGCAUUCUAGCCUACUCAGUAUCAACAUGUGAUAGUAGACCAUAGAUAAAUAUAAGUAGAUACAUAACAGGUUCAGAAGCCUCUUAUUUUACCAGUUUUUGAAUCACUUUAUAUAUUUACAGACUGAAGACAGGCUGUCUAUAAAUAACAACUAAGCUGUGAGGCUGAAAAUACGAACUUCAUAUAUAUUUUUUAAAUUUGAAUAAUUAUUGAUUUGUUUAUGUAAAAUAUAACAUUGUGGUUUUUUACGCUGACCUUUAAUGUAGGUUUUUAUUUAUUGUUAAAUUAAGAGAGUUAAUAACUAAAAAAAUGCUGCCAGUUUGUUGAAAUAUUGCUAGAGUGUUGUAGGUUCAAGGUCUAUUCUACUGCAGAUCAGUCCAUGGACUCACUGUAACAUACAAUCUGAAACAGUCAAUGGGUGGGUGCUUCCUCAAAGGCUUUUGGGCUUUGCCAUAGUCUCUACUCUAGGCAAGAUGUCUCUUUUUUCCUAUCAGUGUUGACAAUUUACCUAAACUCUUAAUAGCCUUGGCUCC